CUCGUUCGUCCACUAAGCAAGAAUUCAAGAAGAAGAACAUUAAGGGACAUCGAAGCCGAAGCUCUCGACAAGCCGAACCAGAGAGAAAGAGAGAAAAAGAUGGCGAGCAAAGUAGCCGGAGUUCUGAUCGUGUGCGUCGUCCUGGCGGCGAUGUUCGGGACGGGCGGAAGUAUCGGGGACCUGAUGGACGCGUACAAGAAUUGCUUCGUGGAUUGUCACAAGACGUGCCAAGGGGAAGGCAACGGCAACACCUUCUGUGAAAUGAAGUGCGAUAGCGAUUGCAUGGCCCAGGAGACCGCGGCCAAACUGAACAUGGUGCCUUGACGGACCACGCCAAGAUCAACGUUACAAGGAGCUCGCCCCCCACAGCAGCCCUGGAGGAGGAGGAGGAGGAGCCAUUUCAAGAAUCGCACGAUUAGUUUUUGCCUUUUCUUUGUUGUCAUGCAUCAUUCCACGAGUUUUGCUUUGUUUUCUUCUUCGUUUUCCGGAUUACGUGUCACCCGCGAUGUGUAAAAUGAAAUGCACUCGAGGUGGUGAUCCAUCUUGUCAUUUUGAAUUUCUAUGAUUGACUAGUUUGAGUAUAGCAUUUGUGUGUCAGCGUGAUCAAUUUGAAGAUUGUACCAAGUUUGUCUGGCUUUUAUUUAUGAACAAUUUGGAAGCUACUAAUGCUUCCUCAACAUUGCUCAA